AUGAGAGCCCAGGAUGCACUGGAGUACGAGUGGAACCACCGCCGAGAGAAGCACGACCUCGUGGAGGAGACCUUAGAGGCCGCCGAGGAGGCUUUGAAGACUGAACGAAGUCGCAACAGGAUGCUGCAAGAUCACAACGGGAUGCUGCAGGAUGAGCUCUCCAUCUUGAAGGAGAAGCUGGGAGCUCUGGAGUCAGAGCGCAAUGCUCAUAAGAUGCUGCAGGGGGCGUUCUCUCUCCUGGAAGAGAAGAUGAAGACCGCCGAGGCUGUGAUGGAGGGUGCGCGUCGGACGGGUGAGGAGAAGAUCAAGGAACUUGAGGCCAGCAGCCAGGUCCUGCAAGACGAGCUGUACAUCUUCGAGGAGAAGCUCGGGAAAGCAUCCAUAGCACUGGAACUAGAGCGCAGUGAGCAUAAGACGCUGCAGGGGGAGUUCUCUCUCAUGCAAGAGAAGAUGAAGACCGCCGAGGCUGUGAUGGAGGGUGAGCGAUGGACGGCUAAGGAGAAGAUCGAGGAGCUUGAGGCUGUCGUGGUAUCUGAGCGGACGAGACGGUUGGCUGCGGAGGAGCAAUUGCUGAAGCUGCAGACGCAGAAGAGCUCUGCGUCUCUUGGUGCUUCGUGGCAGUAUGAGCUCGACGGUAGCUGGCAUGCCUUCCCACCAGAAGGCAACCAGCAGAUGAAUCAGGCUUAUGUGGCUUUCAUCUCUGGUGAGCAAGCGCAUCACGGUGCAACCAUUGUGGUUGGCAGUGUUGAGCGCAUCAUCGACUUUGCGCGGAUGACUCAACAGAAUGCCGUUACAAAGAAGGUCCGCAAGAUCCGCAUUUGCGCCGGGGUGCCUGCACAGUGGGCAAGUCCGGCAUCAGCCUUGCUCAUGCAGAACGACAGUCUGGAAAGCCUCUAUGUUCAAGUGAAAGAUCCUCAGAUAUUCAAGCAAGUCACUCGGGUCCUACAGGACUCCGGUCACACCUGGGAUGCAUCCUGUGCUUGUUCAUGCCUAAAGAAUGCAGCAGUCAAGUCCAUCCACCGAAUCGAGAACUUCCGCCUGUGGCAUCGCUACAAAGCCAGGCUUCAAGCUAUGAGGGAGGACCAUGCGAAGUGCAAGGUGCAUGUGAAAGGCGCAGCUCUGGACCGCGACGGGAGAAGCGCAGUGAUGACUGAAAGUCAAGGCGUUCUGGACUGCGGUGAGCCCCUCGCUAGUGACGUGGAUGAGAAGAUCUUACUGCAUGGCACCUCCUAUGCCAGUGCCGAUGCAAUCGUCACGGAAAGAUUCGAUCACAGGACCUGCCUUCGCGGCUUGUACGGGGACGGCGUCUACUUUGCCGGUGCAUGGUGCAAGAGCCAUCAAUACACUUGCUCGAUUCACUCCGGCAAGGCAUGCCACUGCAAGCAGGACCAUGUUUCAAGCUUUGCCUUUCUGUUGCAAACCACUGUGUCAGAUGGUUAG